AGCUGCAGGCGGCCGGCGCGGCGGCUGCCGGGAGGUGUAGUCACGUGGCGGCGCCGCCCCGGAUCCCUAUGGUAACGGCGGGCAGGGCGGCGGCGGCAGCGCGGGGAGCGGCGGGGCCCGGGGGCGCCGUGCAGGCGGGAAGCAGUGGUGGUUAUCAGCUGUCAGACUGCACAGACCUUGCCUGGAAGCUGCAUGAAAGGUCCUGCUGCUUCCUUCUGCAGCCGCUACUUGCAGCGCACCCCUGCCCUGUGCUGGCCUGGCUGCUUCUGCGGCUCCGCAACAAAACCACUCUGGAGAGGGGCAAGACCAGCAAAGAUGCUGCUGUAGAUGACUGACUCACUCCUGCCUCACGUGCAAUGGCUCUACAUGGCCUCUGCAGAACCAGAACGCACUGAGCUGGGCCCCAAACGGGAGAAGAGUGUUGGACUCAGGUUGGGUACUCCUCUGGCAGGGAGAGCUCAGCCACGCCGGGCCUGGCGCCUCACUCAGCAGCAGGCAAAACCCAUCUGGAAUUUAGAGAAGAAGUAUGUGAGUGCUUUCCAGGGUCGCAGCCUGCUGCCCUCAGGGAUCCCUCUGCAGCAGUCCUGCUUCCUGUGUCCACCGUCACUAUGCCACGCACACCCUGGUGAAGACGCCUUCCUGAGCCUGCCCUUGGCCCAGCCCUGCCUGGAUGUGGGCAGGAGCGCUCUGCUUUACCAACGCUCCUGCCCCAGACCCAAGCCUUCCAGGUUUCCUUUCCGAAGCCCUGCGGACACCGGCUCUGCCACAGCAAGGGUGAUGUCUUCCUUGCUGGUGGAGCCCUGCCUGCUGCCUGUACUGGUGGAGGAGCACUCUGGAACUGGGGUUGAAGGUUCUGUCCCCAGCUCAGGUCAGCAGACUUCUAGCUCCUACAGGCCGGUGCUCAAUAACAACUCCUUCCUACGGCCAAGCAGUGCUAAAGUGCCUUUGCUGCAGUCACCAGAGAUCAAGAAAGUGAAAAACAUCCACAACCUUCCUGCUGCCAAGUGGCCCCACUCCGGUAAUGAUGGAGACAGCUCCCCUGGAAGCCUGGUCAAUGGAGCAGUGAAAAGCAGCAGCCUUGUGUUGGAGCAAACCACAGUCCCCUCCCUGACUCUUGUGCCCAGCGGUGCGAUCCUCAGGAAGAACUGGUGCUCGCGGGAGAACGCUGAGAGGGGAGUGCACAGCUUAAAAGGGAAGGAGCUGGAGAUGAGCCUCACCGAGGCUGUGCAGCAGCCAGCCGGACAGACUGCCUCACACAACAGCUUUGGAUGUGAAGUCAAAAGCUCUGGCUUUAUGAACAUGGGCAGCCUGUCCAAUCGGCACAGCAGGUGGGGGCAGCACAUCAUAGCGCAACUCACCCCAAAAGAAAAUAUCGCUCCCCUGAACCUGGAGCUGGGUAGCCGUCGCCUUAACAGUAACUCGAGCCUUACAGGCACUCAUGGUGCGGUUGUCUGCACUAAGCGCAUCGGCGCCCAUCUCUUGGCCUCGCGUGCAGGCUCUCCUGACCGCAGCGCUGACGGCUGGCCUGUGAGCAGGCUGAACCCACACAGCGGGGAGCAGGUGCCGAGGGCAGAGCCUCCGUACCUUGCUGCUGUCUCCGAAGUGGCAACUCAGAUGUCCACCAUCCAGCUGGAGAAGGAGGAGAAAUGGACCCAGGCUGUGCUCCCAGGAAAGCCUGAUGUCACUGCUGAGGAGUCGCUGCUGGAGCCAGUCCAUCCCCAGGACAAAGCAGAGGAAGAACUUCCUGAUGGCUUGGAUGAGAGCUGCAGUCAGGAGGAGGAUGAGGAGGAGGACAGUGACUCAGAUGCUUCCUCUGUUGAUGGUGUGUCAUCCAGUGGCUCUGUGGCUCUUGUGUCCAGGAGCUGCACGGAGUGCCUGGCCCAGCCUGCUGAGGCUCAGGAGAAAGUGCUCAAACCAGCUCUUGUCUGCAGUUUAUUCCCUAAUGUGCCUCCAACCAUCUACUUCAGUACUCGGGAUGAGAGAGUGGAAAAGCUGCCUUGGGAGCAAAGGAAGCUGCUGCGAUGGAAAAUGUGCACAGUCACACCAAACAUAGUGAAGCAAACCAUUGUCAGGUCCCACUUCAGAGUCAGCAAAAAAAGUGAUGACUGGCUGGGCUGCUGGGGCCACCACAUGAAAUCCCCCAGCUUCAGAGCCAUCAGGGAGCACCAGAAGCUAAACCACUUCCCUGGUUCAUUUCAAAUUGGGAGAAAGGACCGUCUGUGGCGCAACCUGUUGAAGAUGCAGUCUCGCUGUGGGAAGAAGGAAUUUAACUUCUUCCCCCAGUCCUUCAUCCUGCCCCAGGACAUCAAAUUACUCAGGAAAGCGUGGGAAGAAGGAGCUAGCCGCCAGAAAUGGAUUGUGAAACCACCAGCAUCAGCCAGAGGCAUGGGUAUCCAGGUCAUCCACAAAUGGAGCCAGCUCCCCAAAAGGAGACCACUGCUGGUACAGAGAUAUCUGCACAAACCCUACCUCAUUGGCGGGAGGAAGUUUGACCUGAGGAUCUACGUUUAUGUCACUUGCUAUGACCCCCUCAGGGUUUACCUGUUCCAGGACGGAUUGGUUCGCUUUGCCAGCUGCAAGUACUCGUCCUCAAUGAAGAGCCUCAGCAACAAGUUUGUACACUUGACCAACUACAGUGUGAACAAGAAGAACACAGACUACAAGUCCAACUCGGAUGAGACUGCUUGUCAGGGACACAAAUGGGCACUCAAAGCUCUCUGGAGUUACCUGACCCAGAAGGGAGUUAAUAGCGAGGCCAUCUGGGAGAAGAUUAAGGACAUCGUUAUCAAAACCAUCAUUGCAUCUGAGCCCUAUGUAAACAGCCUGGUGAAGAUGUAUGUGCGGCGGCCGUAUUGUUGCCAUGAGCUGUUUGGGUUCGAUAUCAUGCUGGAUGAAAACCUCAAGCCCUGGAUCUUAGAGGUCAACAUUUCCCCAAGCCUCCACUCCAACUCGCCGCUGGAUGUGAGCAUCAAGGGCCAGAUGAUCCGAGAUCUCCUCAACCUCGCGGGCUUUGUUCUGCCCAGUGCAGACAGCUUGGCCUCAAGGCCACAGACAAGAAGUGGCUCUACCUGCAGUCAGGGCAGUGCUUCGAAGGAGAAACCCAAGCCAGCAUCUGAGCAUUUCAUAGCAGAGAAGAUGAAGAAGGCCUACUACUUGACACAGAAGAUACCUGACCAGGAUUUUUAUUCUUCUGUCUUGGACAUCCUGACCCCAGAUGACGUUCGCAUCCUGGUGGAGACAGAGGAUGAGUAUUCCCGGCGUGGGCAGUUCGAGCGAGUGUUCCCCACCCACAUCUCCAUGCGGUACCUGCGCUUCUUCGAGCAGCCUCGUUACUUCAACAUCCUGGUGACCCAGUGGGAGCUCAAAUACUACUUGAAUAAGCACAAAGGUCUGGAGCUACUGAAGAACUGGUGUGUCAAAGGGUACCACACUGGGACAGGGACAGAUUUGGCCCAGAUGUGGUCAUUGCCAAAGUCUUUCUUCCUCCAAAAGAGCAACGUUCAAUCAAAUGGCUUCAGCAAACUGGAACUGGGCAGACUGGGCACACUUUUCCCUUCAGCUACUGAGGACAUAAUGAGAUGUCAGGAGCCCAGGCCUACUCAGAGCUUCCCUCUCAACAAGUGCACUGGCGGAGCUGGCCAGAAACCUGCUGGCUGCCUCUCGGACACCACCCUGGUGAUGUGACCAGGCAGCUGACGUCCCUCCCUGGGGAUACCUCAACCUACCUCAAAGGAAGAGAUUGGAGCUGUCUCUGGAGAGCAAGGACUGUGGGAGACCCCUAUGCUGCACACUUGCCUGUGGGGCUGUUCUUGGAAAGGGAUGUUCUACAGGGAUAAAGGGGGAAAACCGCGUGACUUCUAUUUUUAAAACAAGUGGUGAGCUUGGGGAAAUGGAGUUUGUCUGGCCUUUGUCCUAGGCUGCUCUCAAAGCCUUGACGUAGUGGUGGUGGUUUCUUUGGUGCAUGGGAGCUGGCUAAGCUUGGAGGCAGCCUGACCUGCCUAUGUGUGACCAGCAUCACUUGAGCCCUUGCUCAGCUGUGUCUCCAUGCACUUGUCCUGAGCCACUGUAGCCUGUCCCAUGGAGAAAAGUCCCCAGCCCCUGCCCUGUUCCUCUGGAAUGAGCAGUGCUUGGGACUUCGAACUGAUCUGUUUCAUCCUUUCAAAAUGUCUGUGCCAACAUCCUGCCCUCCCCCAGCCCCAGGGCCUGUGUAAAACCUUGGGCCUGCACAUUGCUGCUUGAGGGAGACCAUGGGUAUCAGCACACCUCUGGUUUGUGUUGGGGGAAUUAGGGCUGCUGGGAAGGGACCAUCCUCUCGAGGUGACCUGCACUGUGCAUCUGGCGGCUGCAGCCUGGGCUCUGCUCUUUAUUUUCCUUCUGUUUCUCAAGGAUUUUUAUUAAAAUUUUACACUCUGCUGCUC